AUGGUCUCUUCCUCCGACGUCCCGAGUCAUUUGUCCACUAGUUGGAAAGCCGCCGAAGCCCCUUCCCGACGUUCAUCUCCCCGUCUCUGCUCUGCAUGUGACGCUUGUCGUCAGUCUCGUGUUAAGUGUACAGGCGGUAAUCCAUGCCAACGUUGCGGGAACAAUGGUGCAAAUUGUCACUACAGUGUUUCGCUGCGGAAUGGAAGGCUGAAGGCGAACAGAGUGCAAAAGCCGGUUGCUCAAGCUUCACCUCCCUACAGCGGUUCUCCUACCGGCAGGCACAACCGCGGAAACUCGAGAGACCUGCACCUGAACGACAGUCUAAGUGCAAACACAGACACAAUAUCCGCUCCGCAGUCUGUCUCCAACGAUGGGUUGUCUUCAUGUGAUAAAAGUCCCUCCUUCACGGGGCCCUAUUUUGCAACUGGAUUGAACCACAGUUCCUUACUGCAAGUAUCAGCUGAUCUGAAUGUUCGCCACCCAUUCAGCACUCCAAUGGAUUCUAUAACCUCCAACUUGGUUCUGUCACGAGAUAUGCUUCUCGGCAUAGGCCUAGGUUCUGGCAGUUCUACAGAUGAUGAGUGGAGUUCUUCGACCGGAGUCUCUUGCUUUAAUAUGCCACCGAGCCCGCUCGACUUGGGUGGUCGGCCUCGUUCAGCUAGAUGUGCGUGUAUGAGGGCACAGCUGCUCUGCAUCGCUGAGCUAAGUGGGGCUCAAGAGGACAUUGACUAUAUGGUCCUGGGUUCCAUUCUUGAAUUAUCUCGUCAAACAUGUGAGCAAAUUAGACAAGAGCUGUCCUGUACGCUCUGUACAAAAGACUCAACCCGAUUUAUCAUGACCAUGGUCGCACUCCAACACCUUACAAACCUCUUCUGCAGGGUGGCCAAGAAUGGUGCAUGGUAUGUCUCUAAUGCACGGCUAGGCCUAGGGUCAUUUCGGCUGUCGGAGGAAGAGGACCGAGCACACAAGAGCCUACUCGUUGUCUCAUCUUUAGGUUAUGUAGAUGCAAUACUGGACCUCCUGGGAAGCUCGGUGCGAGAGUUUCACUACGCAGAAAUUGUGCAACAGAAGACUGGUGAAACAGCCACAGAGACGGGCCGUUCUAAUCUCAAAUGGACAAUGGAGAUGAUAUCCCGCUUGAGGAGUCAAGUCCAAACAAUGAUCAAAGUGAUAGGAGGGCUAGAUUGGGGACGCACCACGAGUGGUAUUCAGCAGGGAUACCGCGGGUUUCUGCUAUCGUCUUGUCCGACGAGUGGGCUGAUCGAAUCACCGUAUGACCCAUGGCUGGUCAAGCUACUUCCGAUCGACUUUCUGCCAAAGUGGUCAUAUCUGGGGGCCACUCAUCAUAUCUCCUGA